GUUCUUCGGCUAACAUGCACUCUCCUUCGAACGAUGUGGUGCUUUGCAGAGACAUUCUCUCCUACAUCGAACUCACUGUACACCCACUCUCCACUUCCGUACGAUAGAAUGCCGGAUUACAGAUCCCAUCGGGUGCCCCCACUCCAACCGCCCUCCAACAUGUCAUCCAGCCUACAGUCCCAGGGAACUUCCGUCUCUGGCAGUACCUCCAUUUUGGGGCGAACCGAUGGCUAUCCGGCAACGUACACUCUCCAUCGAGGACCAUUCCCACCACCGUCGCUGUCAAGUCUCGGGGAGAUCAACAGAAUGCCAUCCUAUACAGCAACACCGCGCGCUCUAGAGAGCUCCCUCGAGCGGACCCAGCCUUUGUAUCUUGGCCCGGGGAUGUUAAUGGAUCCAGUCCAGCAGCGCUUGCCACCAGCAGUGGCAGAUGCCCCUCCAUUCAACGAGACCUGUGUGAUUCACACGAUAGUCUCAGGGGCUCAAUCCAUCAAACCUGAGAUACAGGCCAAGAUUCAUAAAGGCUUCUUCCAGGUCGAUGACAAGUGGACUUGCUAUAGACGCAACUACUUUUCCGUCUCAUGUUCGUUCUCUUUGCACCCGUGGCCCAGUCAGCCACUUUACGUGAAAUUUUCGGACCAGGCAACCGAACGGGUUCUGUCGUGGUCCAUGUCCAUCUCAGCUAUCGUGAACGCACAGAUUGGAGAAUCACGAGAGUUGGUUCAGCACACCCCUAAACGGGACAAGCAAUCGGAACGAAAACCGGCGAAGGUCGUUUUGCAGCCCUCUCAACCCCCGCCGCUGGUUCUCGGCCAUGGAGCGUCCUCCAACAGCAGCCCACAUAGCUUUUCGUUGGCCUCGCAGUCAAGCGGGAUGUCGCUGGAAUAUAGCCCAUACACCAGUACCGCCCAGCCUACACAGCCCCCAACUCAGCACACAUUUGAGCGGAUUCAGUUCCAGAAGGCAACCGCAAACAACGGAAAGCGCCGAGCCCAGCAGCAGUACUACAACCUCGUGGUUGAGCUCUAUGCGGAGAUCACCAGCCCUGUAGGGGCAGGUGAGCCCACGCAAUUGAUCAAGAUUGCCAGGCGACUUUCGCACCCAAUGGUAGUCCGGGGUCGCUCUCCGGGCCAUUACAAAGACGGCCGGCGCGAUAGUUCGACAAGCAUGGGUCCGGAUGGAGGAAGCGGUGGCUCCGGUGAUGGAAGUGGAGGGGCUGUCCUACAUUCAGGCUUAGGAUCAGCUGCACGAUUGGCCCUUAUGCCGUACGACCCUAGCCAGCGCAAUGGUCCGCAUUACGGUCGAACAGAUUACCAUGGAAUGACAGCGUCAGACCAGUCACCGUUAAGCGAGAGUCCGCACAUCCCGUCAUCCUCGUCAUCCGGGUUUGAUAUCGGACUCAUGAAUGACAACACCAUGGAUCCGAUGGACUCGAUGAAAAGCACGGCGAGCAUGGAUUCCUAUCUGGACGCAAACUUCACCGUCAUGAACAACCGAAAGCCGGCAAGCCAUUUUCGCCAUCAACUUCCUUCUUUCGACUACGAUCCCGUGCCUAAGCCGGGGGAAGAGACCACCAGCCAUGCGUUUCCUGAGACGUAUGACCCUCUGGUGCCUCUGGUGACAAAUGGCCAGCACGAAUCCCCCCAUUCAUUCUUGAAACAACCCUCUCGGUUGGCUUCGCAUAUGUACCAGCACUCUAGUAGCAGUGGCUAUGAUCCCAUCUAUUCGGCUGCUCGCGCCACUGAUGGUACCUCUUAUGGUCGUUUUCACAACUCCCAGAGUCUCUGCGUUUAGCAGACCUCUCCAUCUCCUCAGGUUCCAUUGAACCCUUCAAUGUCUUUCCUGGUUUUCCUUCGUCCUUUCUCUUUUCUUUUUCUCCCUCUCUUUUCUUAUUCCCUUUCCUUUCCCCUGUGGUUUAUUGCUCCUACGAUCUUUUCUCUUGUCUCCCUUGUUGUAAUCUGCUUAUGAUCCCGGAAAAUCGUGCUCCAGAUAAUGUUGUUUUUCUGUUGCGUGCCUGUCCCCCCGCCUUCCCCCUCCGGAAUUCGAUUUCUGAAUAUUGCCCUCGACGGCCUGCCGAUGAAUUACGC